UACCCGGUUGUUUGCCGUGGUAUUGCCCGAAAAAGAAAAUGGCGGACAUCAACAUUCGAAAAGCCGAGAGCAGACGACGUGGAGACAAGACGACCCAUUUCUAGCUGUUAUCGUGGCAUGACAACUGUAUCGCUUCCCAUACAGUAUCUUUAGGAUAUUAUCUGGUGUCUUCAUGCAGCUGGAAAAUCGAUCUGUUGAGCGAGGGAGCGUGCUAAAGUAAAAUUUGGCGUUACAACACCAUUCAGCGAUGACGGAAGGCGAUGUCAAUUUCUGGGAUUCCCUUGAGACUUUAGGCCACGAACUUCUGAAUCGUGAAAGAGAGAUUGUUCAUAAAAGACUACCCUCUACAAAGAAAGACAAGUCAUCUGCCUCAGACGAUGGAGAGAAUGGUUCCAGGGGACAAGUGUUGAGAGCUAUCGAGCGUCUUACCGAGACAAUGAUUGCCGCCUUGUCCAAAGGACAGUCUCCUGUCCUGACUUACAAAGACAGGCAAAACUCCUCAAACGUCUCCUUCGACGAGGAUUUUGGAGUCGUUCCCAGUGACAAUCCUGUAGUAAAGACGGUGGACUUCUCGGCAAUAAAAUCGACUACAAGAUUCGCAAGAACUUUACAAGUCCUUGCCAUAAGUUACCGGCUUGUGCAGACGAACACAUAUUCUACAAAACGGGACGUCUUUUACAACAACACCAAGUUGUUUGGUAGCCAGCGUGUGCUUGACACGAUAGUUGACGACAUUGCCUGCAUGUUGGAAGUACCCAGGCAUAGUCUGCACAUCCUAGCCACAUCCAAAGGUUGUGUAGCCGGGGAUCUAACCCUGGUGGACAGCGAUGGCAGUUUUCUGGACUGCUCAGUAGCAAGUGGAGGGACCAUGGUGCCAGCACACGUACAACAUAUCACAAACCUACACUCAAACGCCAAGUUUGUGCUGGUUGUGGAAAAGGAUGCCACUUUCCAGAAGUUGCUGGACGACGGGUUCUGCAGGAAGCUGGCACCUUGCAUCUUGGUCACAGGCAAGGGGGUACCCGACCUCAACACACGUAUGUUAGUCCACAAACUGUGGAAGGCUUUCCACAUACCCGUCUUUGCCCUGGUGGACGCUGACCCCCACGGUAUGGAAAUCAUGUGUACAUACAAGUACGGGUCCAUGGCACUUUCACAUGAAUCCCACAGCCUGACUGUACCCACCCUAAAGUGGCUUGGAGUGCUGCCUUCGGACGUCAGGCGGCUAUGUAUCCAAGAAGAUGUUCUCUUACCCAUGACUGACUCGGAUAGAGCGAAAGCAAGGGAGCUACUAAGAAGGCCGUACCUUUCUGCAGAGCCGUUGUGGAGGAGAGAGCUAGAGGAAUUCAUGACGAGGGACAGAAAGGCGGAAAUCCAGUCUCUCAUCUCCAUUUCUCCAACCUUCCUGACAGAUGUGUACAUUCCUAACAAAAUCAAGUUUGGAGGAUGGAUCUAAUGUCAAAACCUUUUUGUUAAAGAUGUGUUUGAAAGGACUUGAAGUUGCUUUUGUCUGACUAGUCAACACAUCUGUACGGCAACAAGGAUAAAUGUUAACUCCCAUAAGCUGACUACUAAAGGUUUGCUGAGAAAGAACUUCAAAAAAGAAGCUGAAUGCAUAAUGACUGGCAUAAAGACAUUGACUCUAUGAGGACAUUUUGUAUUCUUUUGGAACAUAUCUGUAAACCAUUCAUUUUCUGAUAUUGAUAUUGAUAU